CAAGGGAAAUAUGGCUUUAGCGCGGCCACCCCAGCUGGUGUCACUAGCAAUUCGGUUGCUUCUGGAACCGCGACGGAACAUAGCGGGGCGCGGUUCCGACGAGCCCUUGCCAGUGGUGCUCAUUCCGCGGGCUCUGCAGCGACGGCAGCAGCAGCGCAGUCGUGGGAGUUUCCCACGGCCGGUGCUGGUGAGACCUGGUCCACUGCUGGUCUCGGCACGGCGGCCGGAGUUGAACCAGCCCGCGCGCCUCACGCUGGGUCGCUGGGAGUGCGCGCCACUGGCUUCGCGUGGCUGGAAGGAUCGGCGAUCGCGUAAGGAUCAUUUUUCCAUAGAGCGAGUGCAGCAAGAGGCGCCCGCCCUGACGAACCUCUCCUCCAGUGGCAGCUUCGUGGACUUGGGUCUGGAACCCCGAGUGCUCUCCGCGCUUCAGGAGGCUUCGCCCGAAGUCGUUCGGCCAACCUCAGUGCAAUCGAAAACCAUCCCCCCACUGCUUCGCGGCCGCCACAUCCUUUGUGCUGCCGAAACCGGUAGUGGCAAGACUCUCAGCUACCUACUGCCCCUGUUUCAGCGUCUCCUGAGCCGGCCAGACCUGGAUUCCCGCAGUUCCUCAGCUCCCCGGGGCUUGGUUCUGGUACCUUCCCGAGAAUUAGCCGAACAGGUGCAGGCUGUGGCCCAGUCGUUGGGUAGGUACUUGGGCUUGCAGGUGAUAGAGCUUGGAGGAGGCCACGGCAUGGGCAAGCUCAAACUGCAGCUGGGUAGACAACCGUCAGCAGAUGUGCUUGUGGCCACUCCAGGAGCUCUGUGGAAGGCCCUGAAAAGUCAACUGAUCAGCUUACAGCUUCUUUCCUUCAUAGUGUUGGAUGAAGCAGACACUUUGCUGGAUGAAAGCUUCCUGGAACUUGUGGACUACAUCUUGGGAAAGAGCCCUAUAGCAGAAAGUCCAGCUGAGUUAGAAGACCCCUUUAAUCCCAAAGCUCAGUUAGUGAUGGUUGGAGCCACGUUUCCAGAAGGUGUAAACCAACUGCUGAGUAAAGUCACCAGCCCAGACUAUCUCACCACCAUCACCAGCCCCAAGCUCCACUGCAUUAUGCCUCAUAUCAGACAGACAUUUAUGAGACUAAAGGGAGCAGAGAAGGUGACAGAACUGGUUCAGAUCCUCAAACAGCGUGACAGGGCCAAUAAGACAAAACCCCCGGGAACUGUCCUAGUGUUCUGCAACAGCUCCAGCACUGUGAACUGGCUGGGAUAUAUUCUGGAUGACCAUAAAAUCCAACAUCUAAGGCUGCAAGGGCAAAUGCCAGCCUCAAUGAGAACAGGUAUCUUCCAGAGUUUCCAAAAAGGCUCCCAAGACAUACUUGUCUGCACAGACAUAGCCUCACGAGGUCUAGAUAGCAUCCAUGUGGAACUGGUUGUCAAUUAUGAUUUUCCCCCUACUCUGCAAGAUUACAUCCAUAGAGCAGGAAGGGUGGGUCGUGUGGGCAGUGAAGUACCAGGGGCCAUUAUCAGUUUUGUGACCCAUCCCUGGGAUGUGAGCCUGGUUCAGAAAAUUGAGCUGGCAGCUCGUAGGAGAAGAAGCCUUCCAGGACUAGCAUCUUCAGUGAAAGACCCUUUGCCUCAACAAGCCUAAUCUUUGGCUGGCUGGAAUGUGAUGCUAGAACAGGAAUCUCCCUGGGGCAACAGUGGGUGACAUUGGAUCACUACACUGCCCUUUGCCUCUCUGAAAACAUGAACUGUCUGGAGAUUUGAAAAGCUACUGGCCAGAACUGGAGAAUAACAUAUUAAAACAAUAAUAA